GGUGACUCUAAAGGAUCGAGAAGCAUGGAGAUAACAUUCCAGUGAGUGGAUGACCAGGACCUUGAUGAUCAGCUGAUGAGGACUUCUUUCUUAUUGGAAAGACCAGAUCUGAUCUGACAGCUAAGCUUCAUGAAAGUCACAUGUGGUUAUAUUUCAGGACCUUCAGAUGGACAUAUAUGUAGAUACUAAAUGGAUUCUCAUAGUCCAUAGAAGUUAAGAUUGGCGGUACUCAAAAGUCUCUAUACAAAGAUUUUCAAAGAUCUGGAGCAGCAAACCUGUCUAAUCAAGAAAACUCUUUGACAGUAAUCGAGAGUGAAGUGGACAAGCCUAGAAAUCUGAAAGAUAUUAACAAGAUCAGAAGUGUAAUGAUUGGCGUAGUGGUGUAACAGAACCGAGGAUGGCCUAGAAUUCAUGGUACUGUCGAUGGUGAAAAGAAGUGACGGUACCAUGGGUGACGAUUUGAUUGUGAUUUCUGAUAGUGAGGAUGAGGAGUAUCCUUCAAUCUCUUCAUGGAACAGUCACAGAAGAUCAGGGGGAGUGAGAUCGAGAGAGAAUUUAACCCCCAACCAAAGUGAGAAGGUGGGAAACGACGAGCUAGAAAGUGAUGUCAUACUUUUAUCCUCGGAGACUGAUUCAGACUCUGACUCAGAUUUACCGGAUCCUUUCACCAGAGACGAUGAUGAUGGUAAAGUCAAAAGAAAGAAAAGGCAAAAGAAAAGCAAAAAGAAGGCCAAUGUCCAAAGGACAGAAUGUCAAACUCGGCAUGCCAGAGUAAAGCAAGAAGUCAACGAAUCUUAUGAAGAUCUAGCUUUUCAAGCGGAAACAAAUCGUGAUAGUGACCAAGACAACUCUAGACAUUUGAGAAAUGGGCCCACUUCAGAGGAUCCUGAGUGUGAUGAUCGUGAAGUUUAUCCAAGUUCUGGUAAAAGUACUUGUCCUUCUUGUGUUGAUUUUUCUGAGCCUUUUUCACCAUCUGGCGGUGCCGAGCCUGAUGAUCAGAUGGGCAAUUCAGAAGGUUUUGAUACCCGGCCUUUCCAACCUGUUCUUGAUGACCAAAUUGAGUAUUCCUCGAGUAUGCACAGAGACACUUCUUCUCCUGAACAGAAAUUCGCCACAGAUUGUACUGAUUCGGACAGUGAUGGUCCUGGAGGAUCAUCCGAUCAAGAACAGGAUGGACCCCUUGAUAAUUCCAUAGGACAGUAUUUCCCUACAGAUUCUCAGUUAAGUUGUAGCCUUGACAGUGAGGACACUGAAGAUCAAAAAAGCCUUUCAGCGGAAGCAACAGCAUUUUGUGGUAAAGAGGCAGAUUCUGGUUUGUCCAACCUUUCCAACGGCCACUUACCUGGAAGAGAUUCUGACUGCCCUGAAAAGAGUGAUGGAAAGAAAACUCUUCCCUGCCUAAGAAAUGCUUGGUCUCCUUCAGAAUUGGAUCCACAACAAAGAUUCUUGCUGCUGCAAGGGGACGAAUCUGAGAGUAUUUCUUUCUCGCAGGACACUCCUUCCAAUAGUGUUACCCUAAGCCCUGCACUUUCACAUUGUGAAUCCCAAGACAUACAUGUAUCUACUUUGUCACCUGACAACUCAAUGACUAGUGGAAGUAAGAAAUGCUCUCCCAUGAAGAAGAAGAAAAGAUUCCCAAAUCUUUCAAGAGGUGAAAAAUUACCGUCAACCUUGAAAGAAAAUGAGAAGCAAAGGGAAAAGAAUGAGACAAUUACUGCACAGGAUAAUGCUGACAUUGCAUCAACAUACAAUCCAUCCAACAAAAGUCCUGUGGUAUCUUCGCAGACCGCUUCUACCUCUGUCAAGGACAUUCCUAGCACUCUAGGCAAUCAACCCAGCUCAAGUUCAAUGGAUUCUUCCGAAACCCCUUCCAAGUUUGGGAACCUUUCUAUGCAGGGUCAAUCUUCGCUGUCACAUUCCAAUGAGGUUUGCUUUGAAACAAUGCAAGUAGAUUCAAGGACUUUUUCUAGAGACAAUCCAAGUGUGUCCACUCCAACAAAGUCAAUAGAUAAUGGUCGCACCGCUUCUGCAGGCAUCUCAAAUGGACUCGAUAUUGCACCAACUAGUGUGCUGUCUAAUAGAGUCGGUAGAAGAAUCUCUUGUGGCCAUCCAAGUGUGUUCACUCCAUCAGCAAGCGCAUCUGUAACUAAUGGUCGCAGGGCUUCUACAGGAAUGUCCAAUGGACUCGGUUCUGAGCCAAUCAGUGUACUACCAAGUGGAGUCAGAAGUAUCUCUAGUGGCCAUCCGAGUGUGUCCACUCCAUCGGCAAGUGCAUCUGUAACUAAUGGUCGCAGGGCUUCUACAGGAAGUUCCAUUGGACUCGGUUCUGAGCCAAUCAGUGUACUACCAAGUGGAGUCAGAAGUAUCUCUAGUGGCCAUCCGAGUGUGUCUACUUCAUCAUCAAGUUCAUCUGUAACUAAUGGUCGCAGGGCUUCUACAGCAAGGUCCAUUGGAUUCGGUUCUGAACCAAUCAGUGUACUACCAAGUGGAGUCAGAAGUAUCUCUAGUGGCCAUCCGAGUGUGUCCACUCCAUCGGCAAGUGCAUCUGUAACUAAUGGUCGCAGGGCUUCUACAGGAAGUUCCAUUGGACUCGGUUCUGAGCCAAUCAGUGUACUACCAAGUGGAGUCAGAAGUAUCUCUAGUAGCCAUCCGAGUGUGUCCACUCCAUCAUCAAGUUCAACUGUAAGUAAUGGUCGCACCACCCCUGCCGGCAUUUCUAAUAAAUCCGGUUCUGCAUCAACCCCAGUCCUAUCAAAUGGAGUCAGUAGAUCUUUUAAUCCAAGUGGCACUUCAAACCAACAGUGUAUGGAAAGCAGCAUACCUCCUAAGAACCGAUGGCAUCAUCAGACAUCAAGUGUUCCAUCGGGAAGCCAUGGGUCAGAAGUCUCCACAAUGACAGAGGAAACUGGAAUUAAAGAGGCCUUGUCAUGUAUUCUUUCGUGGAAAUGUGAUCGGAUAUCAAGCAGUGAAGGAGUCCCUUCUGCGAAUGUAUUGCAAUCGUUCUUGGGGUGUAGAGAAGUACCUCGACACCAGGACGCCUUCCAAGACAUUGGAAGCUAUCAGAUGUCCCUGAUUUGCUUUUUACUCCUUGAAAUGUGGUCGAAGGUUUCAAGUGCAGUACACAGAGAGUGUGAUGUGGCAUGGAGACAGAUACCAUGGCUAAAACAGAUCUCAGAAGCCAUUGUUGAAGUGAAAUACGAACCCAUUGAUAGUUCUCACCAAGGCCUGAUUGAUGAGGACCUGGUCCUAGUCGAUAUGACGGCCACCAAUGCUGUAGAGAACCAAUACCAAUUUGGACUGGUACGUGGGGUGUCUGAUGGGACCGUGACCCUUGCCCUUCCUUACAAGAACAAGGUUGUACCCAGGUCAACAAGACUAAAGGUAAAGUAUUACAUAAUGGUAAUGAUAAUAAUAGUUAAAAUAAUGAUAAUGAGAAGGGCCGUUCUUGGUCACCUGUGUGACUGAAAUUAUGAUGAAAACUCUUGACUUUAAUUAGUUAUAAAUCUGAACAUUCUUGAGAUUUAGUAAUUCGAAUAAUAUAUAACAUUAACAUGUCAAGUCAGCCAUAAUUUGGAAAUAUUUUUUUUGCUGUCUCCAAUAUGCAGAUUCAAGGUCAGAGGUCUAAUGAAGUGUGUCAUGAGUGUUACUUCACACAGAAACGUGAUUUUGAAAGUUUAAUUUCUAAUUAACAAAUGAAAGUCAAGAUUUGCCAUAAUUUAGGUCACAUGCAUUACACGUGACCAAGAAUGACCCAAAGGUAUACCACAUAUCACAUUUAUUGUCUCGUCUGAACAAGGUUCGGCAGAGAGAUCUAGUUAUCACUUUUCCUGUUGGUCUAUUAGUCUGUUAAAAAAAUGUUAAAGUUUUUGUUCAACUUGCUCUCAUUUCUUUAUUUAUGCAUCAAUUUUGAUCACACUUGGUUGGUUCAAAUGAUCGUUGGUACCACAUGUGUGUUGUUUAGGAUGAUAAGGUCAAACGUUAUCUAGGGGUCAAAUGGUCAAGUUUUUAUUCAACUUGCUCUCAUUCCUAUAUUUCUUCAUCAAUUGUUAUCACACAUGGUACAAAUGAUCCUUGGGCAAUACCACACGUAUAUUCAUGAGGAUGAUAAGGUCAAACGCCAUAUAGGAGUUUAAAAAUUAUAUUGCCUAUUUUAUUGAUCGCGAAAUCAGGCAAGCUACGUUGUAUUGUAAUAAGUCUCAAUGCGGGUCCUUACAAUGGAUGUGUACGUUGCCUGUGGGCCGUCAACUGUGUUUAGGUAGGUCACACUGCGGAUGAAAAAUGAAAAAAAUCAAAGAAUUGUUUUAUAUUGAAUCCAAAGAGUGUGGAUAAAUAAGAACAGGUCUUAUUCUGUUCUGCAUUUGUUAUUGCAAGUUAGGUCUUGUGAAAACUAGUAUUUUAGCAAUUUACUGAUCUCUUUUUAUACACCCGUCUCGACGGGACGUAUUAUGGUAUCACGCUCGGUGUCCGUCCGUCCGUCUGUUAACUUUUCCUUGUAAACACGAUAAAUUCAGUUUAACUUAACCUAGGCUCAUAUAAUUUGGUGUGUAUGAUACUAUCAUAUAACCCAGGAAGCCUAUUAUUUUUUAGGUCAAAAGGUCAAGGUCACAGUGACGUAUUUUCUUUUUACCCUUCUGCAGUCCCUGUAAACGCGAUAACUUCAGUUUAACUUAACCUAGGCUCAUAUCAUUUAGUGUGUAUGAUACUAGCAUGGAUCCCAGGAAGUCUCUAGAUUUCGAGGUCAAAAGGUCAAAGUUCAAGGUCAAAGUGACGUAUGUUAAUAAUACCCUUCUGCAGUCCUUGUAAACGCGAAAACAUCAGUGUAAAACCUAGGCUCAUAUAAUUUGGUGUUUAUGAUACUAGCAUGAAUCCGAGGAAGCCUUUUUAUUUUGAGGCCAAAAGGUUAAGGUAAAUGUUAUAGUGACUUGUUUUCAUCUUACCCUUUUGCAAUCCUUUUAAACGAGAUAACUUUAGUUUAACUUAACCUAGGCUCAUAUAAUUUGGUGUGUAUGAUACUAGCAUGGAUCCCAGAAAGCCUAUUGAUUUUGAGGUUGUUAUAUAUACAGUUGUCCUCAAAAUUAUUCAUACCCCUUGUGGAAAAACAUUCUUUGGUAGAUUCUUUACUUGUAAAAGCUAUUAUGAUGUAACUUUCUUUGUAUCUUUUGUCUGCUUGUUGCUAUGCAUGAUUUGACAUAUAAGCUGGCAAGUCUUCAUUAGCAUAAUAAUAGAUAGGGUCGAAAGUUAUUUUUUGCACUUGUUCAGAAUUAUUCAUACCCUUGCCAAAACCUCAACAAAAAUGUCCUUUUAUGACAAUGCGCAUUAUUUUCACUGUCUGGGAAUGUGCUAUUCUUUGUUCUAUAAUUAUUUCAAGAUGUUCCAAUGAAUUAAAUACCCUCUUUGAUAAACAAGUCAUUAAACAAUGAUGGAAAAUAGCAUCUUUCUAAAAGGGUAUAAAUAGAGGAAAGCAUUCUGGUUAUUCUCUGUCUCUGAUAAUCAUGGCCAAGAAGAAUGAGCUCAGUGAGGACCUACGGCAACGGCCUCUGAAUGCCCACAUUGAGGGAAAAGGUUACAAGGCCAUUUCAAAGCAGUAUGACGUCCCUGUGGCAACAGUCCAGACCGUAAUCAAGAAGCACAAGAGGUACAACACUGUGAAGAACCUUAGUGGGCGUGGCAGGAAGUGCAAGGUGUCCCCUAAACUUGCCAGGAAAAUCUGCAGAGAGGUCAACAACAACCCCCGGACCACAACCAAGGCCCUACUUGAAACGCUUGACCGGUCAGGGACGAAGGUGUCCCGGUUCACCAUCGAGCGAGUCUUGCACAAAGGAGGUCUCCAUGGACGCAGGCCUCGGAAGACACCGUUGCUCAGGAAGAUACACCUAAAGGCUCGACUGGCCUUUGCUAGAGGUCAUCUGAAGCAAAAUCCAAGCUUUUGGUCAACCAUCCUGCGACAAUAAAUUAAGACACGAAAGCAACUUUGUAGUUAGGAUCAACAUUUAAUUAACCGUAAUCAAGUCAAGAGUCGGACAAACGUGUUGCCCUAUAACUGACGCAGAUGGCGCUGUAAUGUCAUAUAUAAAUCAACUGGCGUAAUCACUUUUUCCUUAUGUAAAUGAAAAAAAAUUUACAAUGAUUCAAGGUAUAAAGCUUUGUAAAAGUAUUGUCAUAUUAUAAAGGAGUUAACUCGCAAACAACUGCAAAGCAAAUGCGCAAACAUUAACGCGAUGACAUACCCACUGAUGGGACGUGAAACAAAACCC